AUGCCACCCAAAGGCUCCAAGAAGUCAGCGCCUGCGCCACCGAACAAGACGCUCGUUCUCGAUAAUGGCGCAUACUCGAUCAAAGCCGGUCUCGUUCCCAGCGGUGUCGAAUAUACCUACGACGAAUGCCGCGUGAUUCCGAACUGCAUCGCGCGGAGCACGCGCGACAAGUGCACCUACGUCGGCGCCGAACUCAACUCGUGCAAAGACUUCGGAGAGUUGGCAUUUCGCCGUCCGGUGGAGAAGGGCUUCAUCGUCAACUGGGAGGCAGAGAAGGCGAUAUGGGAGCACGAGUUCAUGGGAGACGCCAUGGGGGAGGGGCUGAGGUGUGACCCAAGAGAUACAAACCUACUUCUGACGGAGAAGCCAAAUUGUCCAAAAGAACUACAGAAGAACUGCGACGAGAUCAUAUUCGAGCAAUUUGAAUUUGCUGCGUACUACCGAUGCGUGGGCGCGACACUGAACGCCUAUGCUACCCCCCAGGCGCACACUGAGUCCUCGUUGUUGUCGCUACCGCGAGAAUGCCUCCUGAUUAUCGAUACCUCCUACUCAGACACGACCAUCCUACCUCUCUACAAUGGGAAACUCAUACAAUCGGCGGUGCGGCGGCUCACAGUAGGUGGGAAGCUGCUCACAAACUACCUAAAGGAGCUUUCUUCGCUGCGACACUACAACAUGAUGGAGGAGACAUACCUGCUCAACGAGAUCAAGGAGGCAGUGUCAUACGUCGUGCCUUCAUCGCAGCACUUUGCCAACGAUCUAGAGCGAACAUGGAAGGGACGGCUAGGAGACAGAAGAGAGCUAGAUUCGAGCAUUGUAGUCGACUACGUGCUACCAGACUACGAGAAUGCGAUACAUGGCCACGCGCGACCCCACGAUCCUGCAAAAUCACGCAUGCGUCGAGGGCUACAAGCGCCACAAGGACCAAGGGAAGAUUUACUGCCAUUAGGGAACGAGCGUUUCGCUGUGCCAGAGCUGCUCUUCAAUCCCUCUGAUAUUGGCAUCCAGGAAGAAGGCAUACCUGGCGCCGUCAUGCAGUCGCUGAGUGCAUUACCCGAAGCUCUCAGGAUAGGUCUGCUAGCGAAUGUUGUGGUGGUAGGCGGGAACUCGCUGAUUUCUGGCUUUAUGGAACGACUGCGAACGGAGUUGAGGGCUCUGAUGCCUGCAGAAUAUCCGCUGAACGUAGUACAGGCAGAUGACCCAAUCAAACAUACAUGGCUAGGAGGAGCAAAUGUUGCUAGCCAACCCGAGUUGCUGAAGGAGUUGCUGGUCACCAAGGCCGAGUACGACGAGAGGGGCUCUACUUGGCUGGUAAAGAAGUUCUCAUGA